UGCCACUUUCGUACAGUCUGUUCACCCCUGAUGGUACAACUGCUCCCAUCUUCAGACUCACUGUGGAAGAGAACAGAGAGGUGUGCCUGGAUCCAGACUUGGAGCAGGGCCAAAAGCUGCAGCACUGCUGGAAGAGCCAUGACAUGAAUGUAGCAAAAACCAAGACGUGCUUAAGGAGGAAGACAAUCCACUAAGCUGACCAAACAAGCCAUCAACGGAACACAGAAUUGUACACAUAAUACAGCAAUAUCCCAUGCAGCACAAUACUCUAGACAUGCUACUGAUACGAUAUGCUUGUUGCACCACACUGAGUCCUGCAUGCAGUUCUGGGGACCACACUAUAAGAAAGAUAUAGAGGUCCUGGAAAAGGUUCAGAGAAGUAAAAAAAGAUAAAGAUUCUGAGGAUAGACUAAAGACACUGAGCUUAGUAAAAGGAAACUUAGGAGGGAUUUGAUUAUUAAUCCCUUGAAUGAAUUUUAAAAGCCUCAAAGGGAACUAUAUGCGAUUCUUCAGGGUGAGUUCGGGAAGCAGAACUGGAGGAUAAACAAUCGGAACAGAAAGCUGUGUUGAAACAGCGCUUUUCUGAGAAAACGACAAUUCCGCUGAAUAUGCGCAAUCAGGAAACGUUCGUGUUAAUGUAUAUAUAGGAGCAAGGGAAACCAGACUGACAUUGUUCGGUUACAGCGUGCAGUCAACACUCCAUCAUGCCCAGCAGCAGAAUCUGCGCAGUGUUCAGCUCGCUGCUCCUCCUCGGGGUCGCGUGGACAGGCGGAGAUAUUAUAGGAGUCGAGCCGGAUGGAGUCAUUGAUUAUGGUGAAGCCGGCAUGCCCGGGUGGCGGCCAAGAUGCGAGUGCGUGCAAACGGCCGAAUGGGUGAAACCGGUGAGACGCAUCACUAAGAUCGCGGUUCAGGAGCCAAGCUGGUAUUGCAGCCGGACAGAGAUCAUACUCACUGUGGAAGGGAACAGAGAGGUGUGCCUGGAUCCAGACUCGGAGCAGGGCCAAAAGCUGCAGCACUGCUGGAAGAGCCAUGACAUGAACGUAGCAAAAACCAAGACGUGCUUAAGGAGUAAGAAGAUGAUCCACUAAGCUGACCACACAAGCCAUCAACGGAGCACAGAAUUGUACACAUAAUACAGCACAAUACUCUAGACAUGCUACUGAUACGAUAUCCUUGCUGCACCACACUGAGUCCUGCGUGCAGUUCUGGGGCCCACACUAUAAGAAAGAUAUAGGGGUGCUGGAAAAGGUUCAGAGAAGGGCAACCAGAUUGAUUCCAUGUAUAAAAGAUAAAGGUUAUGAGGAUAGACUAAAGAUACUGAGCUUAGUAAAAGGAAACUCAGGAGGGGUUUCAUUAUUAAUCCCUUGAAUGAAUUUUAAAAGCCUCAAAGUGAACUAUAGGCGAUUCUUCAGGGUCAGUUCGGGAAGCAGAACUGGAGGAUAAAUUCUGCAGAUACUUGGAUGUUUUUUUUCCCCCACAGAGAGAGUGGUCACCGUGUGGAAUAGCUUGCCAGGACAUGCACAGGAACACUGGGGGUUUUUUAAGACCAGGCUUGAUACGGUGCUAGAUACUAUAUAGGCUUCAUGUAAACUAAGCAGUACUUACGUGCUAGUGGUAAGAAAAGGUGAGCAUUGCAGGGCUGAAUGGUCUGUUCCUGUCCUUAUGUUAUUUUACUGUUGCCCUUUUAAUAUAAGCUGAAAUUAAACACUGCAUGCACAUGCCAUUUUUGUACCUGUAUUUUAUGCAUACAAAUAAAAAAAUCUAAAGCAAA